AUUUACAUUUUGCUCAUGCUACUUCUACUGAGAAAUGUGCAUACGAAAUUCCAAUACGUCCUGGUUUGGAAAGAUCAGGCUUUUAUUGGAUUGACUGGGAAGUAUUUUUGGUUACAAAACGGGUUGUUGAUUGA